AUGGCAUCUGCUGUUGCUGCUUCUGUUGAAGUUGUUGAAAAUGCUGCUACUGCUUCACACCACACCUUACCCUCUUCAUGGUGGAAAUCAGAAAAGAUAUUUGAAAUAGAAAAAAGGGCUAUUUUUAACCAAUCUUGGAUGUACUGUACCCAUGCUUCUCGGUUCAAGAAGGCUGGGGACUACUAUUCCUUCACUGUAGUUGGUAUCAACUUCUUUAUUAUCAAGACCAAAGGUGAAGGUAACUUGAAGGCUUUCCACAAUGUUUGUCGUCACAGAGCUUAUCCUGUCAUUAGAAAGGAGAAGGGCUCUUCAACUAUUUUGGGUUGCAAGUAUCACGGGUGGUCUUACAACACUGAAGGUAAGUUGAACAAAGCCCCUCAGUUUGACGAUGUUGAAGGUUUCAAAAAGGAAGAUAACUCUUUGUUCGAAAUUAAAACUCACGUUACACCUGAAGGUUUGGUAUUUGUGAACUUUUCUGCUGGUGAAGUUCCUUCUUUUGAUGAAUGGUUUGACGGAUUGUCUGGGGAAUUGAAGGAGUACGAUUUCGAAGACUACGAAUACCACAUGUCUUAUGAAUUAGACGGUCAAUUCAAUUGGAAAACAUUGAUGGACGGCUACCAAGAAUGCUACCAUUGUCCAACCGCCCAUCCUGGAUUGAAUGCUGCAUUCAAGAUGGAAACUUAUAAGGUUGCACCAAGAACCAGAUACUGUCGCCAUUAUGCUCAAAUUGUCAAGGAAGACAUUGAAAUUGAAGCAGAUGACAAGGAUGCCGAUGAAGAAAGCUCCUGGUUUGGAUUUGGUAAGAAAAAGACGGCUGUUGAAAGUAAACCCGAAAAGAAGAAGAACCCAGGUGGAGAUUUUGAUGGGUUAUGGGUCUACUUAUACCCUAACAAUGGUGUCAACUGUUAUUCUGAUUGUUGGUACUCUAUAAGAGUAUUACCUCAGAGUGCAACACGUACUAUUUUACAAUAUGAUAUCUACACCAAGAAGGGUUUGGCAGAAGAAAAGAAGAAGGAAUUUGUUGACUUUUUACAAUUGGUUGAAAUUGAAGAUUUCAACUUGUGUCAACUUACUCAAAAGAAUUUGAAUCAAGGAAUCUACUCAACUGGUGUUUUACACCCUACAAAGGAAAAUGGAGUAUUAUUUUAUCAAAAGGAAGUUGCUAAGAUGGUCAAGGAACAUUUUGCAAAGGAACAAGAGGCUGGUCACCUUAUUAAUCCAGCUUCUUUGGAUACCGGAAGAACUAAAGAAUCUGAUGAAUUGGAAGGAAUCUGUAAAUCUCUUGAAUGUCAAGGUAACAACCCAGAGACUACCGGAUUACAAUGGUAA